GGAACUGAAUCGUGUUACACCGGGUGUAACCAGCAGCGAGCUAAUGUUAGGCUAGUGAGGUGCAGCUAGCUAGCAUUGGGUUCAUGUCGGCGUGCGCGGGUGUAGAAUGAACAACACACACGCGGUUGACGGAGGGACACGGGUUCGUUUCUUUGGUGUCGCGUUGUGUCGCCGUCGCGCCGCUGUUCGCCGCCGCCGCCGCCGUCUCACGCCGAACCGCUCUCCUCCUUGCUAGCUAGCUAGUUAGUUAGCAUCCCCGGCUAGCCACAGCGGCGUAUGGGUGUCCAAGUUAGCCGUGACUUCACCGGGUGUCUGGUUGCCUGAUCUCACGUUUCGGACACGUCAAGGUUCCUCAAAUCUGUAAUCUGAUUUUGGGGGCAGUGAUGUCAGAGCCUAAGACCCCCACCCCAACCCCAGCUGGCGACACAUACAAAGGAUGGGUGUUCAAGUGGACAAAUUACAUCAAGGGCUAUCAGCGGAGGUGGUUUGUCCUGAGCAAUGGGCUGUUGUCAUACUACAGGACCCAGGCAGAGAUGGGCCACACGUGUCGGGGCACGAUCAACUUGGCCACAGCAACCAUCACUGUGGACGAUGCCUGCAACUUUGUCAUCUCCAACGGCGGGGCGCAGACGUAUCACCUGAAGGCCAGCUGUGAGGUGGAGCGUCAACGCUGGAUCACCGCCCUCGAGUUGGCCAAAGCAAAGGCAGCUCGCAUGCAGGCGGAGUCAGAUGACUCCGGGGAUGACUUCUCACACUCAUCUGCUCCAGUGGCACCUGGACAAGGUGGGGGCUCUCAGAAUUCAGAGGUCCAGUCUGCUCUCAGAACACUCGGCAGCAAGGUGGAGGACCUCAGCACGUGCAAUGACCUGAUCUCAAAGCAUGGCUCCGCCCUCCAGAGGUCUCUCACAGAGCUGGACAGUUUGCGUCUGACUGGAGAGGCUGGUGAUAAGAUUCGUCAGGUCACAGAAAGGGCCACGCUGUUCCGCAUCACCUCUAAUGCCAUGAUAAAUGCGUGCCGAGACUUUGUGGCUCUGGCUCAGGCGCACAGUAAGAGGUGGCAGAAGGCCCUGCAGGCAGAGCGGGAGCAGAGAGUGAGGCUGGAGGAGACUUUAGAGCAACUGGCCAAGCAGCACAAUCACCUGGAGCGAGCGUUCAGAGGGGCGUCGCAGGCAAACGCCACAGCAGAUAAUAAAGGUGCUGCCGGGCCGGGAAAAGGUGAGGCCAGUGACGAGGACGAUGACAAUGAAUUCUUUGAUGCUAUGGAGGAGGCUCCGGAGUUUAUUACUGUACCUGCUGAUCCCCAGUUCCACAAAAGGUCAAGCAGUAAUAUCAGCGGGUUCAACAGUGAAAUGUGUCCUGAUGAUCAGUCGCUCAAUGAGGAACCUCUGGCCAUAAACCAGGAAUCCCCUUCUCAGGAGCUAGUGCCCUUAAAGAAGAGGCGAACACGCAUCCCGGACAAACCCAACUACUCCCUCAACCUGUGGAGCAUCAUGAAGAACUGCAUCGGCAAAGAGUUGUCUAAGAUCCCGAUGCCUGUAAACUUCAACGAGCCCAUCUCAAUGCUGCAGCGGUUGUCGGAGGACCUCGAGUACCACGAGCUGCUCGACAAGGCCGCCAAGUGCCAAAGCUCCCUGGAGCAGAUGUGCUACGUGGCAGCCUUCUCCGUGUCCUCGUACUCAACCACCGUCUACCGCACGGGCAAGCCCUUCAACCCCCUGCUGGGAGAGACGUAUGAGCUGGACCGCCGGCGAGAGAGUGGCUACCGCUCGCUCUGUGAGCAGGUGAGUCACCACCCUCCUGCAGCAGCACAUCAUGUGAUUUCUGAUCGUGGUUGGACACUGAGACAGGAAAUCACUGUUGCCAGCAAGUUCAGGGGAAAAUAUCUGUCCAUCAUGCCUUUAGGCACAAUUCAUGCGGUCUUCGAAAAAGGCAACCAUCACUAUACAUGGAAGAAAGUGACCACCACAGUGCACAACAUCAUUGUCGGAAAACUGUGGAUCGAUCAGUCUGGAGAGAUAGACGUUGUGAAUCACACCACUGGAGACCGCUGCCACCUGAAGUUCGCUCCUUACAGCUACUUCUCCAGAGAUGUGGCCAGGAAGGUGACAGGUGUAGUGAUGGACAAAGACGGAAAGGCUCACUACGUGCUGUCAGGGACGUGGGAUGAGAAGAUGGAGUUCUCCAGAGUGAUGCAGAGCAGUCGAGGUGGAGAGAACGGAGCAGAGGGCAAACAGAAGACAGUGUACCAAACACUCAAAGCCAGAGAGGUCUGGAGGAGAAAUCCUUUACCGGAGGGAGCAGAGACUAUGUACUACUUCACCGCCUUGGCUCUGACCCUAAAUGAGCCCGAGGAGGGCAUGGCACCCACCGACAGCCGUCGCCGGCCUGACCAGCGCCUGAUGGAGGAAGGUCGCUGGGACGAGGCCAACGCAGAGAAGCAGCGGCUGGAGGAGAAGCAGCGCAGUGUCCGGCGUGAAAGAGAGAGGGAGGCCGCCAGCCAACGCACCUCCAGCCAAUCAGAUGAAGGUGAGUCAACUGUCGAUGAGGAUUCUCUUACUGAUCCCUCCUUAAAAAGCGCACCUCAUGACAACUACCAGGCACUUUGGUUUGAGAGCUGUGAGGACCAGAUCACAGGUGAGCAAAUCCAUCUCUAUAAGGGAGGCUACUGGGAAGCUAAGGACGGAGGCAGCUGGGAGGGAUGCCCAGACAUAUUUUGACCGCGGUGUUGACUGCAAAGUGCCCUGAAGAGACUGGUCCAUCAAAGCUGCCUGGUGGACGCCGACCACAAAGGCCUGCUUGCCCCCUACUCGGACGGCUGCUUCCCUCCAGCGGCUCUCUGUUCUAAGAGAUCUCCAGGACGGUCACUGCUGUCUGAUCCGGAGGGAGCAGGGUUUUCCCUCCUUGAGUCUUUGCAUCGACCCCCUUUGUUGCUGUCACACAUCUGAGCAGGCUGGAAUGAAAGUCUCUGUGCUGCUUGGACUCGGGUCAGGCUGGGCAUAAAGGGGAGGAAAUGAAACAGGCAGUGCUUCCAAAUCUAGAGUAGAUCCUCCUUGUAGUCUCUCUGCUCAAGUCUUUUCAGUCUCUCAGAUCAGGAGCAGAAGUUUUUGUGCUGAAAACACCUUGUGCGAUAUUGUAGUGUACCUAUUGUCAUCCACAGCAAACGUGUGCUUUGGUAAUAACUCUAAAAGUGGGGCUAAGACCUGGUUAAUAUAUAGAUUUAUAAAUAAAUAUGAUUAAGAUCAUUUAAGUAAAAUGUCAACUGGUGGCCUUCAAGAUGUUAGUGAGGAUUUCUUGUUUCUCUCUCUAAUUUAGUGUCUUAAUGUAAUGAAGUGAAGGUUCUAGUGUGCUUGUGUGUAUGACUGCAUAUCUGUUCUUCCAUCACUUUACAUCCCUGCCACUGUGCAGUAAAAAAAAUGAAAUGAUUGGCCAGAAUGCUGGUUGACCCUCUACACUGUCAUGUUUUAUUGUUUUUUUUUUUGUUUUUUUUUUUACCAAGGCUUAAAGGUGAAAAUUACAACAAGGCCUAAGCACUCGUUCUCUUCGCCUUAGAAACAAGUAGCCUGCUCUCACUUGCAUUUACAUCACAAAUGAGUGGAUACAAUCCUGCCAUUUAUCGCUGGUUUCUUGUACAAUUUAAACUUUGAAGGUGUACUUAAGGAAAGAAAUACGUGAAGCUGCUUUUGAGGUGGUGAAGUUAAUUUUUUUCCGGUGCUGAGGAAAUCUCAUAUAGUGCAGUUUUGUCAAAGAACAGUUGAUGGAAUAAUCCGUUUUCACAGCGUUGGAAUAAUGUUUUUUUGCUAACAAGGUGAGAGGUUACUUGGUUACAUGGCAGUAUAAAUUGUUUUAAGAAGUGUUAAAUACUUGCUGUGGUUUAUUUCUUGUGAUGGUAUCAAACAAAUGAGCAAAGACAACAAAUUAAAAGUAAAUGCAGCGGUGAAAACAAAUGUCACACCAUUUAUCUGCAGAAGAAUCCAUACAUAUGCAAGUACAUUUUGACACCAAAAACGUGAGAUAUAAUGUGUGUGUGCAUUUCAUAAUUUUGUUUGUAAGUGUACUUAAAUAUGAAGAAUAAAUAAACAAAGAAUUUAAAAGAAAUGCAAA